AUGCGGCUGUACCGAUAUGAUGUUGAAUUCCGAUUCCUAGAGGGCACAAAGUUAGUCAUCGCCGACACUUUGAGCCGUGCAUAUUUAGGCACCCAAGAGGAGCGACCACGUAUAAUGAAUGUGGACAUUUUCGAACAUUUCCCAGAUGCAAGGGUUAAUGAAGUCAGAGAGGCGACAAAGACGGAUACUGCUCUGCAGGCAGUAUUACCGCUCAUUCAAAGUGGCUGGCCGUCGAAAAAACACUCUGUCACAUACGAGGCCAGGCCAUAUUUCGAUAUGAGGCAUGACCUUAGUCACGAAGAUGGGGUCAUUCUGAAAGGGGAGGCAAUCGUAAUCCCCUACUCUCUGAGAGACAACAUGAGGAAGAGACUUCAUGCUGCUCAUCUUGGCUAUGACAGCAUGAUGCGACGUGCGAGAGGAACUGUAUUCUGGCCCGGAUACGCGCAUGAACUGAAACAAAUGGCUGACUCGUGUGAGCAUUGUCAGGAGCUCAGGCCGCGUAACCAAAAGGAAACGCUAAGGCAACACGAGGAAGGCAACGCCCCGUGGAUUAAGAUUGGAACAGAUCUGUUUGAAAUCCGUGGGAGACAGUACUUGGUGACGAUUGACUAUUUCUCGAAUUUCAUUGAGGUUGAUCAAAUGACAACCACCACUAGCGCUAGGGUCAUUGGUGUUAUGAAGAAACAAUUCGCACGUUUUGGUAUUCCGAAAUGCAUAGUCUCCGACCCAGGACCGCAAUUCACUUCGAGAGAAUUCAAAAAGUUUGCAAAGGACUGGGGAAUCAAACACGUGAUGUCCUCGCCAGGUCAUCACAACGCUAAUGGCAAAGCUGAAGCCGCUGUGAAAAUAAUAGAACACAUGAUGACGAAAUGUCAGAAUGAUGGGUCUGAUCAGUUCGAGGCAUUGCUGGAGCUACGCAACACUCCAAGCCAGGACACUGGACUCAGUCCCAAUGAAAUGCUAUUUGGGCGCAAAACACGAUCGUUCAUACCGUGUGUUGCAAAACCGGAAACGAUAGACGAAAGUGUAUUGGAAAAGCGUGCCAAACGCAAGCGAUCUGUAAGGCGAUGCCAUGAUCGGCAAUCCAGAGACCUAAAACACCUAGAAAUAGGACAGACUGUUUACUUUGAGCACCGGGAGCGUGCGAGGUGGAUUUUGGGUAAGAUCACCGAGGUAUUGGGUGAUAGGACAUAUACUGUUAGAGGACAUAAUGGCGGAACCUACCGCCGGAACCGUGUGCAAAUGCGUCCCACAAAGGUGGAACUGCGUACUAGUAUGCGAGAAGUGUCCCCGUCCCGAAUUCCGAAUGUUCAAUCACCGCACGCGCAACCUGCAAUCCCAGAGAGCAUUUCUGAAAAUACAAUAGUGUCAGAACCGACCCUUCCGAAUCAAACAGCGCAUGAGCCUGAGGUACCGAUACCGCUAAGAAGGUCCACCCGCAUUACCAGGGAACCAGCGCGUCUCAAGGACUAUGUGUGCCCUAAGUAA